AAUAAUAAUAUGAGUGAUAAUAACCACAACAACAACAAUAGUAAUAAUAAUAAUAAUAAUAAUAACAGCAAUAACAGCGAUGAACACCACUUCAGACGCGCCCACAGUUUAGAUCCGACAAUGACUGACAACACAGACAAUACCAGUGCCGCCGCCGACAGAGACGGAAAGACUGGCGGCGGCGGUGGUGGUGGCCAUCGGGCGGCAUCCGUUCACGUGAAUCCAUUGUUCAAUGUUCCGCACAACGCAUCCGUACGCCGACAGGUAUCGGAACCGACAGAUCUACGACAUCGAGUUGUACGCAAUGUUAGCCGAACUGAAUCUAUCAGAGAUAAUGUCAUAAAACACACCAAACAGUUCUUCGGCAUCGAUAACAAUCCGUCCAACGAUGAGAUUUGGCGACAACGGCGUCAAAGACUAUUGCGUAACUUUGGACGAGUUAGACAACCGGUUUCAGAAGAGCCCAUUCAGAUGUCCACUAGAAUGGGAACAAUCGAAUCUUCAGGUUUUGAUGAAAUUGACGGUGUUUUAGCUACUAAUAAACUAACGGAUAUUAUAGAAAACAGACAACAACUCAUGACAGAAGCGACGACGACAACAGUUCCACAGGAAGACACUGCCAGACGGCCGGCACUUAAGAUAACAUUCAAAGCGAUCGCAAUGGCGUCCAAUGCACUGAAAAAUAGUUUAUCAACUCGUGCUGACCAACAAACAACAGCAGCGACACCCGAAUCAGAUGACGAAACAUUGGAUAUAAGAGCCGGCGGAGGCGGCGGCGGAUCACAAACUUUAACGACGGCCGACAGUGUUUUCUAUCCAUCAGCCGAAAUGGUCGGACAAAUUGAUGACGACUUCUUUUAUCAACCAACUCAAGUGCCUGAAGAAGAAGAUGAAGAGGAAGAACACAAUGAAGUCGAUGGUCGAUACGCUCGAUCAGCAAUGCAACGACCAAUUGGUUGGCAUAUUGAUAGACAAGAAUCUAUUCGUGAAGAGAAAACAUUUCAACAGAUGCUCAUUGACAAACUUCUUAAUACGGAUAACUCUAAUCGUAAACAUUUCGGUCAGGGAUUUAUCGAUCGAUUAUUAGGUCGAAGAGCUAAAGAAGAUUUGACUAAAGAAGAACGCAAAGCUGUUGAGGAUCACAUCGACGACUUUCGGCCAUUCUUUACCUAUUGGAUAACAACUGUCCAGAUAUUGAUUAUGAUUAUAGCGCUGUCUUCCUAUGGUUUCGGUAGUAUUGGCACUGGUUUUGAACAAAUCAAUGGUUUGGUUUAUGUCAAGAGUUUGUCCCUACAACAGGUCGACUACUUUGAAUCGAGAAAUUUUUGGAUCGGACCGCGAGCUGCUGAUCUCAUACAUCUGGGAGCAAAAUACACGCCAUGUAUGCGAAAGGAUCAGAAAAUUUAUGACAUUAUUGAUGAUGAAAGAAGAGCUGAACGAGAGACUGGUUGUUGUAUAAGAAAUGACAACUCGGGUUGUGUUCAGACAUUCAAAGAUAAAUGUUCUACCCUGUUGUCGACAUGGUACAAAUGGGACGGCCAUAACUCACUACAACGAUCAUCGGGACCCGUAUGCGGUCAGGACCCGCGUUAUUGUGAACAGCCAGCAUCUAUUGAUCCGUACCAAUGGUCCGACGAUAUAACUAAAUGGCCGAUUUGCCGCAAACGAGGUUCACCCUACUCAUAUUAUGAAAAACAUAUGAACUGUGAGCUAAUUGCCCGUCCCUGUUGUCUCGGUAUUUACGGUGAAUGUCACAUAACAACUCGUGAGUAUUGCAAUUUCAUAAAAGGAAGAUUUCACGAAGAGGCCACUCUAUGCUCACAAGUGUCGUGUAUGCGUGAUGUUUGCGGAAUGAUUCCAUUCUAUACGGACGACAGUCCCGACCAAUUCUAUAGGAUAUGGACACCAAUCUUCUUGCACGCCGGUAUCCUACAUCUAGCGAUUACAGUACUGUUUCAAUACUUUAUAAUGAGAAAGAUUGAAAAAAAUAUCGGUUGGCUGCGCUUAUCGAUCAUCUACUUUGGAUCGGGUAUUGGCGGCUAUCUGGCCAGUGCUGUAUUCCUUCCAUGGAAGGGUGAAGUGGGACCAGCCGGUUCUCUAUACGGAGUGAUGGCCUGUUUUUUCAUUGAACUAAUCAACAUGUGGUCAUAUAUGGAAAAUCCUGUACACGUUUUGCUCAAACAAUUGCUAGUGGCCGGUGUCCUACUUAUAUUGGGUUUCCUACCCUGGAUAGACAACUAUGCCCACAUCGCCGGCUUUAUUAUCGGUUUGCUAUUGUCGGCCGCAGUGAUGCCAUACAUUCAACUGAGUAGUUCCAAAAUGACACCAACUCAUCGUAUCAUACAAAUAGUUGGUUGUUUGCUAACUGUCCUAUCGAUUAUAGUCAUACUGUUUGUCAUGUUAUAUAAAUAUCCCAUUUAUGACAUUAAAUUUUUCAAAUAUUUGAAUUGUAUUCCACUGACGGGUGACUGGUGUGCAAAUCAGGACAUCCAAAAGUACCGAAGCGAUGUCCUAUAGUCAGAUAGUAUCCAUAUAUAUACUGUAUAUAAUGUAUAUACAGUAUUAUCCUAUUAUAUAGAGUAU